AAAAUGAACAGAUAAGCAAAUUUUUGAAAGCUAUAUAAAGCAAUAAGCUUUAUUGUCUCUCCUUUUAGAAAUAAUCUAGAAUUCACUCAAGUACAAUCAUGCAAAUUCUUGUUCUUUUCAGCCUGGUGGCUGGCUCUCUAGCCCAAAUAGACGUUAACUUGUCCUGUCCUGCCAAUUCCAACUAUUCAACAUGCACAACAGCGUGCCCCCUGACAUGUGAGAAUUACCAAGACCCUCCCAAACCAUGUGUUCUCAUGUGCAAGAUCGGAUGUCAAUGCGAUGAAGGAUACAUUUUUGCCAAGGAUGGAAGCUGUGUGUUGCCUGAACACUGCCCAGCUCAAACCAUUGAAAAAUCAUGCAGUGGUGAACCUGAAACUGGCGUGUGUGAUGCUUAUUUUCCUUCUUGGUAUUACGAUAGCAAAUCUGGCACUUGCAAACGAUUCGUUUAUGGAGGAUGUGGAGGUAACGGUAACAGAUACGCCACUGAGCAGGAAUGCUUACAAACUUGUGCUGACUUCAAUGUCAGGGAUUGUCCUGCCAAUUCCCACUACACAACAUGUGGUACAGCAUGUCCACUGACGUGUGAGAACUACCUAAGCCCACCCCAAGUAUGUGUUCUUAUGUGCAAGAUCGGAUGCGAAUGCGAUGAAGGUUACGUUUUGGCAAUGGAUGGUAGCUGUGUGUUGCCUGAACACUGCCCACCCCAAGCCGUUGAAAAGUCAUGCAGUGGUGAAGCUGAAACUGGUUUGUGCCGAGCUUACUUCCCAUCAUGGUAUUUCGAUACCAAAUCUGGCACCUGCAAACGAUUCGUUUAUGGAGGAUGCGGAGGUAACGGUAACCGAUACGCAACUGAAGAGGAAUGCUUACAAACUUGUGCUGGCUCAACCAGUUUGGAUGUAUGCGACUUGACCGCUGAAACAGGUGUUUGCAAGGGUUUAUUCCGACGAUAUGCCUUCGACCAGAGAACUGGUCAAUGCAAACAAUUUAUCUAUGGUGGAUGCGGUGGUAACGAAAACAACUUCAGAACUCUUGAAGAGUGCGAAAGUGCUUGCCCAGUUCAAAGAGCCUUAGAUCGCCCAGAUUGUGACAAGAAGGCUGCACCCGGUAACUGUUUGGCUUACAUGCCCCGUUACUAUUACGACCAAGAAGAGGGUAUGUGCAAGAAGUUCAUCUAUGGUGGUUGUGGAGGAAACCGAAACAACUUCGCCACUGAAGAUGAAUGCUACAACAAAUGCGGAGCUUUGGUAGCCCCCAAGGUUGAGUUGUGCGAACAAGAGAAGGAGACCGGACUUUGCCGAGGAUACUUCCCUAGAUACUACUACAACAAGCAGACCGGAGAGUGCGAAAAGUUCAUCUAUGGAGGUUGUGGAGGAAAUGACAACAACUUCUCCUCAAAGGACAACUGCGAACAAGUUUGCAAAGCUUAAGAAGUGAUUCUGAAAGACUCAUCAUCCAACAGAUGGAAUAAAUCUCCUUAAAAAUCUCAAAAUGUAUUGUUUUCUCAAGCUUCUAUAAUUCUUUUUUGCACGUUAUCUGUAACCCUUGUUCCUGAAAA